GACUCUAAACUGGAGGGCUGCUUCGGAUGAGGAAAAUAUGUAAUCAUUUGUGUACCACAUCCAACUGGAAGUCGCUUCUCAUAAUCCUUGACUUUCGUAAUGAUUUAUAAUCAAAUAGUCUUCAGUCAAGGAGAUCCAGAUGUUCUCCAGAUCGGUUGUCAACCAGUGUCUGUUACAAGCCUUCAUAAACUCUAAUCCUUUUGCUCAUGAAGGUAUGAUGUCCCAAAUGUAUAUAAAUAGCUCCAGAUCGAUCCCAGUGAUAUCAUUCAUUCGCACGGCCUUCUGCUAUCAAGCGCAUAAGAUAUCGACGACUGUUGGAAAGACUCAUCUUCAAGCUCCAUCGAAAUCAUGAAGACGGUCUAUGCAUCUGUAUUCAUUUGUGUGGUGGUUCUCAGCGGAUCCAUCGCAACAGGUUCUUCGGAACUUCGUACUGAUGAGCAUGAGUUGGUUUUUAAAGUCAGGGCCCUUUUGCAAAUACCAUCAAAUCCUUCUCUGCCACCACCGCAAACUGCAGGAAAUUGUACCUUGUUCAACCGUACCAUCUGUUCAAAUCUUAUUCUCAACCCCGCUGGUGGAAUAGAUUGCUGUGCUGGAAAGUGCGUCAAUGUCGCUACUGACAAUAACAAUUGCCUCCUUUGUGGAAAUAAGUGUCCUACGGGAACCACUUGCUGCAGCUCAUUUUGUCUGAAUCUUCAGAACAAUGGUUUCAAUUGCGGCCGCUGUGGUUUGGUAUGUCCCUUCCGAAUCAUACCGUUUCUCCCUCUCUUCCCUGGAAGAUGCGAGAAAGGUGUUUGUGUUUAGGACUCAUCAUCGGCUGGACGAGAGCACAGCAUCAAUGGUUCGGAAGUUCUACUGCAUAUUUUGGCUGCACUCAUUGUCUCGAGGCUUUGGAGAGAAGUUAUUUAAAUACUAAGAAAAAAUGUCGUGUGAAGCAUCUGAUCAUAGAAUAAGUAUGUAGAUCAUAUCUCCAAAACGUGGUCUUGUUUGAAAUGCUCCCACAUUAGUAAAAGAGC